AUGGCGCCACGCAAGAUAUCAGUGUCAGAGGUCUCAUCCCACAAUACCGACACCGACUGCUGGAUAGUCGUGGAUAACCAAGUAUGGGACAUCACCAACUUCGCCCCUGAGCACCCUGGCGGUCCUGGCAUAAUAUACAAAUGUGCCGGUCGAGAUGCCACUCAGGCCUACAAUGAAAUCCACUCUCCAGCAAUAAUCCGAAACAACCUGCCAGCGGACGCUCUCAAGGGAGUGCUGGACAGAUCUACCAUCACCGAAGAAUGGUCAAGACCUCUCUCCACCGAGACACCGAAGGCCAGAUCUGCCUCGAGCUCAGACAAGCCACCAUUGGAUUCUCUAAUAAAUGCCCACGACUUCGAAAUCGCCGCCCGAAACACCGCAACCGCAAAGACAUGGGCAUUCUACUCCUCUGCAGCCAACGACCUGAUAACGCGGGAUCUCAAUGCCAGUCUCUUCAACCGCGUGCUCUUUCGUCCACGCGUAAUGCGUCGCGUGGGCAACAUCAACACAGAAACCAGCAUCCUGGGCUACCCCGUCUCUUUCCCAUUGAUGAUCUCUCCCGCAGCAAUGGCACGGUUGAUCCAUCCAGACGGUGAACUCGCCAUCGCCCGGGCAGCAAAGGUCAAGCAUGUCGUGCAAUGCAUUUCCAACAACGCCAGCUAUUCUGCCAGUGAGAUUGUCUCCCAACCUGCCGUCUCAGAUUAUCCAUUUUUCUUCCAGCUAUACGUCAAUCGGGAGCGACCCAAGUCCGAACAGCUCCUCCGCAGCGUGCAUCAGCACAAGAACAUCCGCGCAAUCUUCGUGACGACAGACGCCGCGGCAGCCGGGAAGAGAGAGGCCGAUGAGCGGGUCAAGGCCGACGAAACGAUACAAAACCCAAUGAUGGCCACCAAGGCCAAGAACGACAAGAAAGGAGGCGGCUACGGACGGCUGAUGGGCAGUUUUAUCGAUCCGAAUCUGAAUUGGGACGACAUCGCCUGGUUGCGGUCGCAUACCAAGCUUCCUCUCUUGUUGAAAGGGAUCAUGUCCGCCGACGACGUACGGCUGGCCCUCGACCACGCCCUGCUCGUCCUCCUCGAAAUCCACGCGCGGUACCCGGAGAUCAUCACGCAGCACCACCCGUCCUCCCCGGCCGUGCUUUCGGGCCACACGAGCCCGUUCAGCAUCUUCGUCGACGGCGGCAUCCGGCGCGGCACUGACAUCCUCAAGGUCGUCUGUCUGGGCGCCGUGGCCGCGGGCAUCGGACGGCCCGCGCUCUUCGCAACGGGGUACGGCCAGGACGGCGUGGAACAGCUGGUCGACAUGCUCAAGGACGAAUUUGAAGUCGCCAUGCGGAACAUCGGCGUCACCAGCCUGCAGGAGUGCGGGCCCGAGUACGUCAACACGGGCGCUAUUGACCGGCUGGUCGUGAAGCGACGGGACCAUCCCUACGCGGUGUCCUGGGCCCAAGACAUGCGCAGUGUAGGAAGGAACAGCCUGUUCGGCACGGGCAGGGAGACUAAGCUGUAG